UUUACCUCCCUUCAACGUCAAAUAUAACUCCCCCGUCUCCUCUCUUCUUCUCCCCACAGUCCUCUACCAGAAAAAGCUGAAAUUCCAAAAAAGUACUCAUUCGUCUUCACUCACAGCUCCAUAUCCCUUGUUCGAAAUGGAUCGGGUUGGAAUCGGUGUGGUACCGGGUAUGGAUAUGCCGAUCAUGCACGACUGUGAUCGGUACGAUUUUGUUGACGAUAUCGGGUCGGGUAAUUUUGGAGUUGCGAGACUCAUGAGAGAUAAGCAAACUAAAGAGCUAGUUGCUGUAAAGUAUAUCGAAAGAGGCGAUAAGAUAGAUAAAAACAUUCAGCGGGAAAUAAUCAAUCACCGGUCCCUACGGCAUCCUAACAUAGUUAGAUUCAGAGAGGUUAUUCUGACGCCAACUCAUCUUGCUAUUGUGAUGGAAUAUGCAUCUGGCGGGGAGCUUUUUAAGAGAAUUUGUAAUGCAGGACGCUUCAGCGAGGAUGAGGCUCGGUUCUUUUUCCAGCAACUUAUAUCCGGGGUCAGCCACUUCCACUCAAUGCACGUAUGCCAUCGGGACUUGAAGCUGGAAAAUACAUUGCUUGAUGGAAGCCCUGCUCCUCGUUUGAAGAUAUGUGAUUUUGGGUAUUCCAAGUCCUCUCUGUUGCAUUCACAGCCCAACUCAACAGUGGGAACUCCUGCUUAUAUUGCUCCAGAAGUUUUUCUAAGGAAAGAGUAUGACGGCAAGAUUGCUGAUGUGUGGUCGUGUGGUGUUACAUUAUAUGUGAUGUUAGUGGGUGCGUACCCGUUUGAGGAUCCUGAGAACCCAAAGGAUGUCAAGAAGACAAUAAGCAGAAUCUUGAGCAUGCAAUAUUCUAUUCCAGAUCACAUUGAGAUAUCUGAGGAAUGUCGCCACUUAAUGUCAAGGAUUUUUGUAGCAAAUCCUGAACAGAGGAUCACAAUGCAUGAAAUCAGAAAUCAUGUAUGGUUCUUGAAGAACCUUCCAGCUGAUUUAAUGGAUGAUAUGAUGAUGAGUGACCACUUUGAAGAGCCUGACCAGCCUAUGCAGAGCAUAGAUAAGAUUAUGCAAAUAAUCUCGGAGGCCACUGUGCCACCUGUGGGCUUGUAUAAUUUGGAAAUGCUGGAUGAUGAGUUAACUGACUUUGAUUAUGAUUCUGAUCCUGAUAUUGAUGUUGAAAGCAGCGGGGAGAUGAUAUAUGCAAACUGAGUGAUGCUAUACUUGUAAAAAUCUCAAUUCUUGGAGAACUUUUGGGACUUGUUGGUAUUUGAGUUUUGUAACUAGAGAAGAUAUGUUUAAGCACGACUACGGGAGAGUGAUUGUAAUGCUUGUAUAUAGUCGUUUGGUUGUAAAAUGGCUUUUUGCAUGCUAUAGAAGGAAUUGGCUUUUAUGUGGGAGAAGGAUGCUGGUGGUUGAAAACUGUUGCUUUUUAUGCUCAACAGUGAAAAUUCCAACAGCUCUUUAAGUGUUAUACAAUGUAAGUUCUGUAACUUUUGUACUUCGCUCUGUAUGUGUAACAAAUCAUUACGAUCUUUGUGGUUUUAUGUUGAAAUGCUUGUAGCCUAUAUGGAGGAUCAUUUAAUUGCUGAA